AUGGGCUCCUACAAAUCCCACCAAGUCCGCACUGGCAGCGGCGGCAGUUCCAGCUCGACGGACACAGCCGCAUCAGACCGAUCAAGAAGCACGGCGCCCACGCUCCUCAGUGAGCGAACCAUGCCUGGCCCCAAAUGCCGGGACUGGCCCGAGUCCGAGUACAUGGAUGAAAUCUCGGUGUCGGUCGCAGAAGAAGAAGAAGAAGGAGAAGGAGAAGAAGGAGAAGAAGAAGAAGAACAACAAGAGGACAAUGAUAUUCGUGAGUCCGUCUCAACAUACGCAUCAACAACCCAUUCCAAAGCCCGCAUUGCCCCCGAAGAACCAGUCUUCGAAGUCGACGAUAGAGAAGAGUCCUUCCCCACAGACGCCGUAGCCUCAACACCAACCUCUUUUGCAAACCUCUUCCCCUCAACAAGAAGACUGCUCAUACGCCACGACGACGCCACCGUCGACGGCAACAUGAACCUGCGCGUCGACACCGUCGUCCCUUGUCGCGACGGCUACCAACAAGACGUGAUCCUCUUUCACCUCCGCAUGUACGACCUCUUCUCCCGCAAGUGCUCCUUCCGUCGGUACUGCCGCGACUCAGGCCGCGAAGUCUGCCACUCCACACGCAAAGAAACAUCGCCCCCGCACGACCACCGUCCCGUUUUCCGCCGCUCCUGGAGCAGCAUGCUGGCCAGUCUCCGGGCCAGCUCGAGCGGCAGCAGUAGCCACCACGGCCAGGCACCGGUGACCGACCAUCUCAAGCGCCAGGACUCGGGUUACUCGACGGGGAAGCAUGCGCACAGCUGCGAUCCAAACGGGCUUGCCGAUGAUUCCGCCGAGAACACUUCGUCUCCAUCAGCAUCGUCGUCUUCGCACGACAAACACCUCACCGACACGAUCCUCCUCGAGUUUUCAAACUACGCGCAUGUCGAGCUGAAACGCCGUGGCAGUCCGGGCGCCAAGCGUUACGAGUACGAGUACUGGAGCACCAGGUACCAGUGGCGCUGUGAGUGCCGGCGCGAGGGCGACCUGCGUGAGUUUUCGUACCAUCUGGUCGACACGCGCUCAUCCCGCACGAUCGCGCAUAUGGUCCCUGAUAUCCUGACACCGCUGGAGGCGGUCGACGAAGAGAGUAAGGGUGGCUGGGUGCCGCCGUCGAGUUUAUGGAUUAGUGACCCCGCUGUUUAUGAGCGGAUGCCUGAUGUUGCCGAUGUCAUCGUGGCAACGGGGCUCUUUACUCUCGUGGACGACUGCAUUCGGCGGCGCUGGCAUACCGAGCGCCGCGGCUCUCGGAUCCUCCCCGCUCGAUCGUCACUGUCGCAGAGCUUAGAGCGCAUGGGCCCGCGCCGCUUGAUCGGCGAAGUCCUUCAGCGCCGAGGUUCGGCGUAA